CUGGGACUGUGACCUUGAGGACGUGAAGUCAGGAUGGCUCUGAGCCAACACCUCUCCCUCCAGGGACUCUGUGUCCUCCUCCUCGGCACCAUGGUGGGUGGUCAAGCUCUGGAGCUGAGGCUGAAGGAUGGAGCCCAUCACUGUGAGGGGAGAGUGGAAGCGAAGUAUCAAGGAGAGUGGGGCUCAGCAUAUACUGAGUAUUGGCACCUGAUGUCUGCAGACUUGUUGUGCAGACACCUGGAAUGUGGACCUGCUGUUGAUGCUCCCAGAGGGUCUUAUUUUGGACCACGACUUGGUCCCAUUUGGUAUUUCUAUUAUUUCUGCAACAUUACAGAGGCAGAAUUAUCUUUGGCGAUCAAUAAAUGUGUUCGACCUGAUUUUAAAAACUAUAAUGAUACCUUCUCUCAUGACGAGGAUGUUGGAGCAGUCUGCUCAGGAUUUGUGCAUCUGGCUAGAGGGGAUGGACCUUGCUCAGGGCAAGUUGAAGUACGUUCUGGAGAAGACUGGAUCCCAGUGUCUGAUGGGAACUUCACACUUUCCAAUGCUCAGGUCAUCUGUGCAGAGCUGGGAUGUGGCAAGGCUGUGUCUGUCCUUGGACAUAUGCCCUUUACAGAGUCAGAUGGACAGGUCUGGGCUGAAGAGUUCAGGUGUGAGGGGGAGGAGCCUGAGCUCUGGGUCUGCCCCAGAGUGCCCUGUCCAGGGGGCACGUGCCACCACAGUGGAGCUGUUCAGGUUGUCUGUUCAGCAUACACAGAAGUUCGGCUCGUGACAAACAGCUCCUCUCAGUGUGAGGGGCAGGUGGAGAUGAAUAUUUCUGGACGAUGGAGAGCUCUCUGUGCCUCCCACUGGAGUCUGGCCAAUGCCAAUGUUGUCUGUCGUCAGCUUGGCUGUGGAGUCGCCAUCUCCACCCCAGAAGGAGCAGAAGGAAAUGAUCAGCUCUGGAAAGCCCGAUUUCACUGCUGGGGGGAUGAGUCCUUCCUGUGGGAGUGCGCUGUGACUGCCCUGGGUGAUCCUGACUGUUCCCAUGGGAACAUGGCCUCUGUGAUCUGCUCAGGAAACCAGACCCAGGUGCUGCCCCAGUGCGACUCCGUGUCCGAACCAGCAGACUCUGCAUCCUCAGAGGAGAGCGCCCCCUACUGCUCAGACAGCAGACAGCUCCGCCUGGUGGACGGGGGCGGUCCCUGCGCCGGGAGAGUGGAGAUCCUUGACCAGGGCUCCUGGGGCACCAUCUGUGAUGACGGCUGGGACCUGGACGAUGCCCAGGUGGUGUGCAGGCAGCUGGGCUGUGGAGAAGCCCUCAACGCCACGAGGUCUGCUCACUUCGGGGUGGGAUCAGGGCCCAUCUGGAUGGACGACCUGAACUGCACAGGAAAGGAGUCCCACGUGUGGAGGUGCCCUUCCUGGGGCUGGGGGCGGCACAACUGCAGACACAAGGAGGACGCGGGGGUCGUCUGCUCAGAGUUCCUGGCCCUCAGGAUGGUCAGCGAGGACCAGCAGUGUGCUGGGUGGCUGGAAGUUUUCUACAACGGGACCUGGGGCAGUGUCUGCCGCAGCCUCAUGGAUGAGGUCACCGUGUCCAUCAUCUGCAGUCAGCUUGGCUGUGGGGACAGUGGAAGUCUCAACACUUCUGUUGGUCUCAGGGAAGGUUCUAGACCCCGCUGGGUAGAUGGAAUCCAGUGUCGGAAAACUGACACCUCUCUCUGGCAGUGUCCUUCUGAUCCUUGGAAAUACAGUUCAUGCUCUCCAAAGGAUGAAGCCUAUAUCUCGUGUGCAGGUGACUUAUGGUCUGUUUCUAUGUGUCUGUCCCAACUCUGUAGGACGGGAGGAGACCGCGAGUGCUCAGGGCGGGUGGAGGUCUGGCACAGCGGCUCCUGGGGCACCGUGUGCGAUGACUCCUGGAGCCUGGCAGAGGCCGAGGUGGUGUGUCAGCAGCUGGGCUGUGGCCCGGCCCUGGAAGCCGUGCGGGCCGCGGCGUUUGGCCCUGGAAACGGGAGCAUCUGGCUGGACGAGGUGCGGUGCGGGGGCCGGGAGUCCUCCCUGUGGGACUGUGCUGCGGAGCCCUGGGGGCAGAGCGACUGCAAGCACGAGGAGGAUGCUGGUGUGAGGUGCUCUGGAUUUGUGCGUCUAGCUGGAGGAGCUAGACCUUGCUCUGGGCGAGUAGAAGUGCAUUCUGGAGAAGCCUGGACCCCAGUGUCUGAUGGGAACUUCACACUUCCCACUGCCCAGGUCAUCUGUGCAGAGCUGGGCUGCGGGAAGGCUGUGUCUGUCCUGGGACACUUGCCCUUCAGAGAGUCAGAUGGCCAGGUCUGGGCUGAAGAGUUCAGGUGUGAGGGGAAGGAGCCUGAGCUCUGGGUCUGCCCCAGAGUGCCCUGUCCAGGGGGCACGUGUCACCACAGUGGAGCUGCUCAGGUUGUCUGUUCAGCAUACUCAGAAGUCCGGCUCAUGACAAAUGGGACCUCCCAGUGUGAGGGACAGGUGGAGAUGAACUUUUCUGGACGAUGGAGAGCGCUCUGUGCCUCCCACUGGAGUCUGGCCAAUGCCAAUGUUGUCUGUCAUCAGCUCGGCUGUGGAGUCGCCAUCUCCACCCCCAGAGGACCACACUUCAUGGAAGGAGGUGAUCAGAUCUCAACAGUCCGAUUUCACUGCUCAGGGGCAGAGUCCUUCCUGUGGAGUUGUCCUGUGACUGCCCUGGGUGUCCCUGACUGUUCCCAUGGCAACACGGCCUCUGUGAUCUGCUCAGGAAAACAAACCCAGGCGCUGCCCCAGUGCAAGGACCCAGUGACGGAACCAGCGGCCUCAGCGGCCUCAGAGGAGAGCACUCCCUACUCCUCAGACAGCAGACAGCUCCGCCUGGUGGACGGGGGCGGUCCCUGCGCCGGGAGAGUGGAGAUCCUUGACCAGGGCUCCUGGGGCACCAUCUGUGAUGACGGCUGGGACCUGGACGAUGCCCGCGUGGUGUGCAGGCAGCUGGGCUGUGGACAAGCCCUCAACGCCAAGAGGUCUGCUCACUUCGGGGUGGGAUCAGGGCCCAUCUGGCUGGACGACCUGAACUGCACAGGAAAAGAGUCCCACGUGUGGAGGUGCCCUUCCCGAGGCUGGGGGCGGCACGCCUGCAGACACAAGGAGGACGCGGGGGUCGUCUGCUCAGAUUUUCUGGCCCUCAGGAUGGUCAGCGAGGACCAGGAGUGUGGUGGGUGGCUGGAAGUUUUCUACAACGGGACCUGGGGCAGUGUCUGCCGCAGCCCCAUGGAAGACAUCACCGUGUCCAUGAUCUGCAGACAGCUUGGAUGUGGAAACAGUGGAAGUCUCAACCCUUCAGUUGCUCUUAGGGAAGGUUCUAGACCCCGCUGGGUAGAUGGAAUCCGUUGUCAGAAAACUGAUACCUCUCUCUGGCAGUGUCCUUCUGACCCUUGGGAUUACAACUCAUGCUCUUCAAAGGACGAAGCCUAUAUCUCAUGUGCAGGAGGGAGACCCAAGAGCUGUCCAGCUGCUGCCCCCUGCACAGACAGAGAGAAGCUCCGGCUCAGGGGAGGAGACCGCGAGUGCUCAGGGCGGGUGGAGGUCUGGCACAGCGGCUCCUGGGGCACCGUGUGCGAUGACUCCUGGAGCCUGGCAGAGGCCGAGGUGGUGUGUCAGCAGCUGGGCUGUGGCCCGGCCCUGGAAGCCGUGCGGGCCGCGGCGUUUGGCCCUGGAAACGGGAGCAUCUGGCUGGACGAGGUGCGGUGCGGGGGCCGGGAGUCCUCCCUGUGGGACUGUGCUGCGGAGCCCUGGGGGCAGAGUGACUGCAAGCACGAGGAGGAUGCUGGUGUGAGGUGCUCUGCAGUGGCAACUGGAGUCCUCCAGAGCUUUAACAACUGUCAUCCUGUAAAAAUCCUCUGGAACCAGAAUGAGAAGACACUUGACUUAGCUCAGGGAAAGACCUCUGUCGAUCACAUCUUGGGGUUCAGGCAAACCCAUUGUACCUUAAUGGUGACUUCACGGUCUUAAAGACUCAGAAGAGGACCAGUAUAAGGACAGAGGGGUUCCUCUGGACUUAUGACCCUCCUAAA